GGUGCAACUCGUCCGUGAAUGCGGCGCCGUCCAUCAGGGCCCAUCAGUAUUGGAAAAAAAAAACCAUGGAGAAUGUUUGUGUGCCUGCGCAGCACAACUUGAACGAGGUCGAUCUUCUUCUUCGUGAGCUGCAACUGCGCAUGACCAACGCCGUGCUCGGCAGCCCACGUUACACGCAAUGUCUUCACGAUCCCCAGCAACUCUACCUCGCUCUCGCAGAAUUCUUUGAGGAACAACAACAAGAGGCACAGCAGGCGGCGAAGGUGGCGCUCUCCGCAACGGACGUGCGCCGUAUCUGGACCUACUGCUUUGAUGUCGUUCAACAGCACCGGCAGCAAAACAGUGGAAAGGCGGACGAUGAAGCUGGCGCUCACAAGGAAAGCAGAGAGGAGCUCCACGGCUUUGUGGUCCGCAGUCCUGCUGUCCCUUUAGAGGCCUUGCAGCAGCCGGCCCCAGUUGUUUCCAGCAAACAAAGUCGCGUAGGCGAAGUCAACGAAAACGAUGCGCCGUCGCCGCCGCUGUUGCACUGCUCGCUCUUCUCGCUGGUCCGACCUGCCUUGUCAUCUCUAGUGGAGUUGUGCUACAUUGUGGAUUGCCGACUGCAGCCUGCCCCUUCUUCUUCCUCCUCCUCGCCGGCUUCCACGUCGCUGUCCGCCUUGAACUUUGCUGCGCUGACCGCUUCUCUUAUACCGACGCGCGAUCGCGUGCAGGCCGUGCAGCGGACGGCGCAGCUGGCGGACGACCUGUGGGAAGCUCAGGUUAGUAACGCCGUGGAGGAGGAGACCCGGCGGUGGUUUCCUUUUAAAACGAUGGUGGUGUUUCUGGCGGGGGUGUGGUGGGUGUGGAGCGUGUUGGAUGUGGCGCACGCAGGCGCCUUGCGUCAACUCGCUGAGCUUCUGGCGGUGGAGGCAGACCGGCCGGCCCCAGGCAACAACGCGUCGACGUCGCUGCCGUCCUCGUCGGCGUACUUUACGGUGUGGCUUCAAAAUGCACUCCGACGAAACGGCGGUGCGCUGCAUCGGCGGCUCUACGCAACGCCGGCACACGACACCGAAGACGCACGCGCCGGCAGUAUUACAAAUCAUUCAACAACAAUAACGGAGGCAACAGCCGAACUAUCCGACGAGGGACACGAAGAGGCGGGCACAGAGACGGAGGACGCAGUGAAGGCGGCCGACAACAAUUUUUGGGCUCAGCUUGCGAGCUAA